AUGGAUUGGAAGAACGUGGUGCCCAAAGACGGCCACGUAGAUAUUAGCCAGCUGACGGAUGUUGAAUAUGAGCCCCUAUUCGACUUUCAUGACCUGGAACACAGUGCGGAGUGGGACCGGUUGUUAUGUCCCCCUUUUCUAUUCGAGCCUAUGGAAUCGAGAAAGCUGGAAGAAUCCCCACUCGAUCCGGCUGAGGCCAGAGCAUUUUUCGAUAUCGAUAAGAACAAACCUCUUUUCCCUCUGGGGCCUAUGGACCGUGUCGAGCAAAUUUCCAGCCUCCUCGAAGACCGGGCCACGACUGAGGCUGAGUCUGAGCAAGGCCUGCAGGUAGUUGAAUCGCCGUUCUCGACUUUUUGGUUAGACGCCCUCCUCUCAUGGCCCUAUGGCAAAUCCGACUGGUGGGAUACGCAAUGUGUCAGGGAACCAUGUCCGAAAGCAGGGAAGGUUUUCCCUCAUCUGGCCUUCCACCUCAUUGAUGAGAAAGCGGCCCGGGAUGGCUCGAUACUCUUUUCGGAGUUCAGUGCUCUCGUUAUAGCCAUGAGAGGCCGGGCGAACCAGAGGAAGGUGGACUCGGAGGACAAGCGGGAAGAGCUUUGGAAAAACGAUGGCGAGGGCAAAGAAGAUUAUCCGUAUCUCUUCAAAGAUGAAGAGUAUUUUCCUGUCCUUGUGGUGUCCUGUGUCCUGCCGCAACACGCGAGACUUCUGACGGCUUACAGCACCGGUGGACUUUUUUACCCGUUUGUUUCUCAGCAAGCCACUGGAACCACGGAGAGAGGCUGA